UUGGGCUUCUAAUGAAGUUUCUUGCACAGAGCGUGCUCGUCGCCUAUCCCGACGGGCUUGGCACUGGGCAACGCAUCGCUGGCGCGCUUGGAUCCUCCUCGCUCGAUCGCUCUGUCUCGCACGCCACUCUAUCUCUCGAUUCCUACGGCUUGCCCGAUGGAAAUGUGCUCCUAGAAGUCGUGAAUUACAGCAAGGGGGAGGUUCCAAUGGUUUCCUUGAUCAUCCUCGCGCAAGAGCCGCCACCGCAUCUCCAUUCCUGCGUCGCCCACGAGCUCCUGCGCUACAUUUUCCACAACGCUCCAGCCGACGAGGAGAGCUUCACCAUCUUCGUCCCCAGCGCCGCGCCAUUCCCGAGCGUGGAUUCCCGCCACAACACCGCCGGUGCCCGGCUCGCGCACAAGCUCGUCAUCAACGACGACCUCUCGGCUCGCAGCCAGAUGUUCGGGGAGCUCAUCGACGCCCCGCAAGACCUCCAGCCCAAGGACGAGUUCCUGGCGUGUCUCGUCCAUCUCAUGCGCGUCAUGGGAGCUCCCGGAGUGAUCCUCCUCGUCCCAGUUCGUCGCGUGAGCCCCCAAGACGGAGCCCUCGUCUCGAGAGAGAAGGAUUGCGCAUUCCAGGCGAUCGCGCACCUUGGAGGCCUCCUCGCGCAGUGGCUGGCGCUGGAAUUCUCCACCCAGAUGAUGGAUCGAAGCCUCCCAGAGAGUUUCAUCACCAGGGACGCGAGAAAACCCGGCGAGUGGAGAGAUCUCUAUACUUGAGAGCGUUGACCUGGUCAACUAUUCCGGAAAAGUCAACGUGUAUGAAGGAGAAUCGAACGCUCGUUGGUUUUGUUUC